AUGAAGAACAAGAUGAACAGAAGGAUGAACAACAAGAUGAACAACAAGAUGAACAGUAGGAUGAACAGCAAGAUGAACAACAAGAUGAACAGUAGGAUGAACAGUAGGAUGAACAACAAGAUGAACAACAAGAUGAACAGAAGGAUGAACAGUAGGAUGAACAGCAAGAUGAACAGUAGGAUGAACAACAAGAUGAACAGAAGGAUGAACAGAAUAGGAAUGAACAGUAGGAUGAACAACAAGAUGAACAGUAGGAUGAACAGUAGGAUGAACAGUAGGAUGAACAACAAGAUGAACAAACACAAGAUGAACAGUAGGAUGAACAGUAGGAUGAACAACAUGAUGAACAGAAGGAUGAACAGUAGGAUGAACAGUAUGAUGAACAACAUGAUGAACAGUAGGAUGAACAGUAGGAUGAACAACAAGAUGAACAGUAGGAUGAACAGUAGGAUGAACAACAAGAUGAACAACAAGAUGAACAGUAGGAUGAACAGCAAGAUGAACACCAAGAUGAACAGAAGGAUGAACAGUAGGAUGAACAGCAAGAUGAACAGUAGGAUGAACAACAAGAUGAACAGUAGGAUGAACAGCAAGAUGAACAACAAUAUGAACAGUAGGAUGAACAACAAGAUGAACAGUAGGAUGAACAGUAUGAUGAACAACAUGAUGAACAGUAGGAUGAACAGUAGGAUGAACAACAAGAUGAACAGUAGGAUGAACAGCAAGAUGAACAACAAGAUGAACAGUAGGAUGAACAGUAGGAUGAACAGUAGGAUGAAGAACAAGAUGAACAGAAGGAUGAACAGUAGGAUGAACAGCAAGAUGAACAGUAGGAUAAACAGUAGGAUGAACAACAAGAUGAACAGUAGGAUGAACAACAAGAUGAACAGUAGGAUGAACAACAAGAUGAACAACAAGAUGAACAGUAGGAUGAACAACAAGAUGAACAACAAGAUGAACAGUAGGAUGAACAACAAGAUGAACAGCAAGAUGAACAGUAGGAUGAACAGCAGGAUGAACAACAAGAUGAACAGUAGGAUGAACAACAAGAUGAACAACAAGAUGAACAGUAGGAUGAACAGUAGGAUGAACAGCAAGAUGAACAGUAGGAUGAACAACAAGAUGAACAACAAGAUGAACAGUAGGAUGAACAGUAGGAUGAACAGCAAGAUGAACAGUAGGAUGAACAGUAGGAUGAACAACAAGAUGAACAACAAGAUGAACAGUAGGAUGAACAGUAGGAUGAACAGCAAGAUGAACAGUAGGAUGAACAACAAGGUGAACAGCAAGAUGAACAGUAGGAUGAACAACAAGAUGAACAACAAGAUGAACAGUAGGAUGAACAGUAGGAUGAACAACAAGUUGAACAACAAGAUGAAGAGCAAGAGGAACAACAAGUGCAGAUAA